AUGAUUCAGGCAUAUGUAUCAACCGGAGAGCCGCUAGACAAAGCGGGAGCAUACGGAAUCCAAGGAUACGGCGCCACACUGAUAGAGAAGAUCGAUGGCGACUUUUACAAUGUUAUGGGCUUUCCA